AUUUCGAGAACGCCAUUAAUUGAACGCGAAUUUUUAUUCUCUUGAAAACAAUGGGGACCUGGACCGCGAUUUUGCGAACAAAUGCUCACCCACACAUGAGCAAGUGCGUGUGAUUUCGCAAACAAUACGUAAGAUAAAAGCACGCCUAGGUGAGUGGCGUCACGUAGACGUCGACAAACGACCACGGUCCUAGUGCUGAUCGAUAUUCACACACGUACACACACAUACCGCAAAAACACGCCGUAGUACGGGGGGCCGCACACACACACCGCCAUGGAAAACACAUUAGGUGGAGGCGAAAAUAAUGUAGAACCCGCCGCCCCGGCCGCCACCGUCGCCGCUCCCCUCUCAGACGUUGCCGCAAUGAAAGAGUUGGAGACGGGUGUCAGUUGCAAGGGCAACGAGGCGGCGAUAAGCAAAGAUUCGACACCGACAACAACAACGGAGACGUUGCCGAUGCCGCAACAAAUCGAAUCUGUAAACAAAACGGUGAAGGUGGAAAACAACAGCGCAGAAGACGACACCAGCCGCGGAAAUGCCAAUGCGCCACUAGCAACAGCCACAAAUACGAAUGCAAACGCAAUACAGCAACAACAACAAGCAGAGAAGCCGCAGCCACAGCCAGAGGCAGAAUUGCUUGCGGGCAAUGGGAAUGCAAAUGCCACAGAAACAGCAGCAGCAGCGGCAGCCACAGCGGAUAAUUUAAACAGCAACAAAACAGAAGAGCGCAAUCACAAAAAGAAGAAAAAAGAUAAGGAGCGCGAACGGGAUGACGAUAAGAGUCGUCGCAACAGCAGCAGCAGCACAAGCAUCAGCAAUAGCAACAGCAAGGAUCGUGAUCGCGAUCGUGAGCGCAGCAGCUUAAAAUCCUCCUCCACCUCCACCUCAUCCAGCUCUUCACGCAGCAAGGACAAAAAGUAUCACAAAAGCGAUCGGGAUAGGGACAGGGACAGAGAGCGGGAUCGCGAUAGGGAAAAGGUUCCAUCAUCAUCGUCUAGUUCCUCGUCACAUUCGCAUCGACGCCGCAGCUCGGAAAGCAGUCGCAGCAGCAGCAACACCAACAGCAGUUCCAGCAAGCAACCAAAAGCCGAGGAGGUGCUACAGCAGGCCGUGGUGGCCGCACUCGAGCAGCAAAUCAAAGUGGAGCAGCCAAUCAAAGUGGAAGAAGGCGCAAAGCAAAUCAAAGUGGAGCCAAAUGUGGCAGCAGUUGCUCCUCCCGUACUUAGUAGUAACCUCAUCAAGCCCGAAUCGGAUAUCAAAAAGGAGUCAAGCGGUGUCAAGGUGAAGCCAUUGAUGAAUGGCGAUGCAACGGCAGCCAAAACACGCGAAGAGGUCACGCGACAGCUGAACUUUAGCGCCAAUAAGACCUGGAAGGGAUCCACAUCCAACUCCUCCUCCUCCUCGUCUUCCGUACUGAUGCCUUCGCCGGCGGCCAAGACUUCAUCUUCAUCCUCGUCAAGCAACAGCAGCAGCAGCAAUAAUCAUUCCUCCAGCCUAAACAGCAGCCGCAAAUCGUCAUCCUCCUCCACGUCUUCUUCCAGCAGCAGCAGCAAUCAUCACAAAAGCUCCUCGUCGUCAUCAUCCUCCUCCUCCUCGCGCCACUCCUCAUCAUCCACGUCUUCGCGCGACUGUUCCAAGUGCUACAAGCGCUCCAAAAUACGUCGCACCAGCGUCGGUGUUCAAUGUGUGCCGCAGGCGCCAGCAGCUGGUCCCUGGCAGACAGUCCAGAGUCUGCCACCGACGACCAAUCGCAAGGCACCCGCUGGCCUGGAAAAUCUCAAAUACGGCUGCUACUUUCAAGUGGAACAGUACCCAAACGGAGGCGCCUCCAUCGUACAUCUUUAUCAGCACGAAAUCGAUGAUCUCUCGCCGGAGGAAAUGGAGGAGCUGGUGGAUGAGUUCUUUAGCGUUUGCUUUGCCGAGGAUGAGCAAGGCUAUGCGCACCACGUGAUGGGCAUUGUGCACGAUUCCGCACGUUAUAUACCCGAUCUGCUGGAGCACAUGGCUGAGAACUAUUCCACGCUGACGGUAAAGGCGGGCGUACUCGGACGCAACUCGGACAUUGAGACCUGCACAAUGGCACAGUACAACGAACAGGUGGUGCGCAACUAUUGCCAGGGCACUUUUCGCUAUGGACCGCUGCAUCAAAUCAGUUUGGUGGGCAAAGUGCAUGAGGAGGUUGGCGGCUACUUUCCUGAUCUACUCGGACGCAUCGAAAAGAAUCCAUUUCUGCGAAAGACCAUGCCUUGGGCCUGUAAUUCCAUACUGCAAACGGAUCCGCGUCAGUCAAACGAUGGACCUAUACUAUGGAUACGCGCUGGCGAGCAGUUGGUGCCCACAGCGGAACUGAACAGCAAGACGCCGCUCAAGAGACAGAGAACUCGCAUCAAUGAGCUGCGCAACUUGCAGUAUCUGCCACGUCUGUCGGAGGCGCGCGAGACCAUGAUAGAGGAUCGCACCAAGGCGCAUGCGGAUCAUGUGGGGCAUGGACACGAGCGCAUCACCACAGCAGCAGUUGGCAUUUUAAAAGCCGUUCACUGCGGACAAUCCUAUACACAGAAUCGCAUCACCAAGGAUGUGGUUGCCUUUGCCGCUCAGGACUUUAAUACCAUGGUGGAAAUGCUGCAAUUGGAUCUGCAUGAGCCGCCCAUCUCUCAGUGUGUGCAGUGGAUCGAGGAUGCCAAGCUGAAUCAACUGCGACGCGAGGGCAUUCGCUAUGCGCGCAUUCAGCUGUGCGACAAUGACAUUUACUUUCUGCCACGCAACAUUAUCCAUCAGUUCCGCACGGUGACGGCUGUGACAAGCGUUGCCUGGCACCUUCGCCUCCGUCAGUAUUAUCCCGGCCAGGAGGUGAUCAAUGAACAGAAUAAUCCUGUGCUGGCCGAGACGCCGCACUACAAGGAGAAGCAAACCAUUUUGCCCAAUCCCAUUGGCCACGAUGAGUGUGGCAAGAAGACGCCCUCAAAGCGCGCCCACGAUGGGGGGAAGAUGGCCAAGAAGAAGCUCAUCGAUUUGGAUGGCAAGGAGCGUCGCUCGAGUGAGAGCAGCAUGGAUGAUGCGGGUGGCAAUGCCUCGCCAAGACAAAGCCAUCAGGAUAAUGGGGGCAGCAGCAGCAGCAGUCCAAACAUCAACAGCAGUGGGAGCGGCGGCAGUGGGAGCGGCGGCAGUGGCAGCAACACACCCAAGAAGAAGCCCAGCAAAGAUGACUCCAAAAUAGACAUGCGGAAAAUGGUUUUGGAGCACAAGUACAAGCUCACAAAGGCGGCUGCCACAGUGCUCGAGAGCACGGGGGAGAAGGAGAAGCAGCCCAAAAAGGACAAGGAAAAGACGCGCGAUUCCAGCAAGAACGAAAAGGAUAAGGACAAGGAGAAGGAGAAGGAAAGGGAAAAGGAAAAACACAACACAACCAAAAAGCAACAUCAGUCCUCGCCCGCAUCCUCGCCGACACCAGCUAAAAUGCCAAGACUGAGCACCUCCAAUUCAGCAGCAGCUCCUGCUACCGCUCCUCCUGCUGCGGCUGCUGCUGCUCCAACUCUGCCUUCGUCUGCCAUUGUGGCAGCACUGCCGCCGCCAUUAGUGCCUCAGACACCCUUCAACCAUCGCGAAAGCCUCAAUCAAAAGGAACCCGAAAUCAAAAUUGAAGUGAAAAUGGUUUCGGAUGAGCCAACGACAAACAGUCGCAGUGAUACAAUCAGCAGCAGCGGCAGUAACUCCACCAGUGAGCCCACAAAUCCACAUCCCGUGGAGCAUGUGGGCAGCGAGUUGAUUGUGGAGAGCACACCCCAGUUGGUGGUCGAUCACGAGGAGGAGGUGACCGAGGUCUGUGCCGAGGAAAUUGUGGAAAUGGAAACUGAAGUAACUGCUGCACCAGCCGCUCCCAUUGCCACACCAAUUGCUGCUAUGCCAACGCUUGUGGUGGCGCCAAUGAUCAAUGCUGCUUCGGCUCCUGCUCCUCCUGCUGCUGCUCAUGCUGCCCCAAUGCCGACACUUAAAUUAAAUGUUAAUCCUACGCCUAAUCCCACACCAGUUGCUGUUGCGCCAGCAGCAGUUCCUGCACUCCUUCCCACCCUGAGUCCAGCGCCCAUUGGACCGCCACUACCCACUCGCAGUCCAGCGCCCAUUGGUCCCCUGCUGCCCACCCUAAGUCCAGCGCCCACUGGUCCCGCGCUGCCCACACUCAGUCCAGCACCCAUUGGACCCCCACUUCCCACCCUGAGUCCAGCGCCCAAUGCUCCUCAAAUUGUUAAAGUCGUUAUACCCGCCACAAUGGCGCCUUUCGGACGGAUGUCUGUGGUUUUGCCCACGCUAACAGCAGCACCGCCCUUGCCUCCAAUGCCACCCCUACGAGCAGCAGCACCGCCGCCGCCACCACCCACCAACGUCACAGGAACAGCCGUAGGAGCAGCUGCAGCCACAGCCACAGCAAGCCCAAUGAAGACCACCUACAAGACGUUCAAUUUGCCCUCGCACAAAAUCAUCAUUGCAGGGCCCGGCACCGGGCACAGCCGCGUGGCCACAAGCCACAAGGGAGUGCCCAAGACACCCGUGGAUCUGCUGGGCUCCAUAAUGGCCAGCAUGGACAAGCCAGCAGCAGGUGGCAGCAACCCAUCAUCAUCAACCCUACCCUCAGCCACAACAACCACAUCGGCGACAACGAAUAGCGCGCUCUCCUCCUACACAAACUCCAGCAGCCACAGCAGCAGCAGCCACAGCUAUUGAGUGCGUGUCGGUGUGGGGGCAGAGCGGGUGAGCUGAGAAGAGGCUCCUACUUGGACACUCUUGAUUGUAUAUUUAGGAUAACACCGCCACAGGAUCUAACGUCUAACGCAGUCCGUGCGGAAAGUGUCUCGUUUUUUAGUGUUUUUUUUUUUUUAGAGUACGUGCAGAAAAGUUGCUCCCCACUUCCCUCAAAAAUUGUAUAUAAGAAAAUAAUGCUUGGACUUACACACACACACAAUACACACACACACACCCUAUAUUUGAUAAUGAAAUUAGAAUUAAG